AUGUCCGAGACAAUAAAACCCAACUUUGGGCCAAGACUGGGCAAUCUUGUUAAACUAUCUAGAUCCCGAAUUGCAAGGAUCAUGUUUAAGAGUCAUAAUUUGACGAAAAGGAUAAAUAAAAUAGCAAGUGAAUGGCAAGUUGAAACGCAAAAAAAAAUCUCAGAUCAUAUUCAAAGUGUUCCAAUGACUAACCAAUUCGCGCUUACUGGUUCCAAUCCUAUUUGGAAAGCAUCAACAAAAGAAUCCGUUAAAAAAUCGGAUGAUAAUAUUAGCCAAACGAGUGGGGAGUCAGAUUUCGUUGGCAUUGGAGACAAUCCUGAUUUUGGUUAUAAUAAUGACAUAAUUAUAACUAAUCAGAACAUUGAUAUAACUAAUCAGAUCUACGCUCAUUUAUCGGAAGUGCCAAAAUUGAUACUGAAUGAUUCCUAUUUAGAAGACAAAUAUUCUGAAAAUGAUAAAUCAUGUUGA